GGUGUGUUUGGGUGAGGAGAGCCAACCAGCCUCUGGAAGCGCAGGGAGUGGCUGGGACUGGGGCUGUAUAACGGGCAGGCCAGGAUGGGCCAUCCUCAGCCUGGACACGGAGCUGGCGCUGGAGGAUUCCAGCACGGAUGGCUCCACAGACUGGCCCCAGCGAGAAGGAGCCGGCUCCCCUUCCAGCCUUUCCACAGCUUUUCACUUGGGAAGACGUCAGGAUCCGCAACGGCCGCGGGCAAGGCCGCCAGCAGUGGCUGGUGAUCGACAGGAAGGUUUAUGAUGUCAGCACGUUUUCCAAGAUUCAUCCCGGGGGCAGCCGGGUCCUCGGCCACUACGCCGGGCAGGAUGCCACGGAUGCCUUUGUGGCAUUUCACAACGACAAGUCCCUGGUGAAAAAGUACCUGAAAUCUCUGCUGAUUGGGGAGCUGGCACCAGACCAACCCAGCUUUGAGUCUAAUAAAAAGAAAUCCCUCUUGGAGGAUUUUCGUGAGCUGCGCUGCACCAUUGAGAAGAUGGGACUUCUGAAGCCCAAUUACUUCUUCUUCUUCCUGGUUUUCCUUCACUUCCUGGUGCUGGAUGCUGCAUCCUGGCUCGUGGUCUGGUACUUUGGCAUCUCCCUGGUGCCUUUCCUGGCUGGCAUGGUGCUAUUCAGCACUGCCCAGAUCCAGAUGGGCUGGUUCCAGCACGAUCUGGGCCACUGCUCUGUCUUCAAGAAGCCCAGGUGGAAUCGUCUCAUGCAGAUCGUGGUGAUCAACAUGCUGAAGGGGCUGCCUGCCAGCUGGUGGAACCACCUGCACAACCAGCACCACGCCAAGCCCAACUGCUUCCGCAAGGACCCUGACCUCAACAUGCACCCUCUGCUCUUCAGCCUGGGGAGGACCCUCUCUGUGGAGCUUGGAAAGCAGAAGAAGAAGUUCAUGCCUUACAAUUACCAGCACAGGUAUUUCUUCUUGCUGGCCCCACUUGCCCUCAUACCCUUCUUCCAGCUGUCAAUAUUCUACUAUGGAAUCAAGAGGAAGAAGUGGUUGGACCUGAUGUUGGUUGUGGCUUUCAACAUCCGAGUCUGCCUCAUGUACAUUCCUUUAAUGGGAUUUAAAUCCUUCAUGAUAUACUACUGGCUGUCCAGGUACAUUGAGAGUACCUGGUUUAUUUGGGUGACCCAGAUGAAUCACAUCCCAAUGCACAUUGAUUAUGACCAGAACAAAGACUGGGUGUCUACUCAGCUCCACGCAACCUGCAACGUGAACCAGUCUCUGUUCAAUGACUGGUUCACUGGGCACUUGAACUUCCAAAUCGAGCACCACCUGUUCCCCACAAUGCCUCGCCACAACUACUGGAAAGUGGCUCCCCUGGUGAAGAGCCUCUGUGACAAGCACGGCAUUGAGUACAAAAGCAAGACUUUGCUGACAGCCUUUGUAGAUAUUUUGCAUUCCCUGAAGGACUCUGGGGAGCACUGGCUGGAAGCAUAUCUGCAUGGAUAGAAACUGGCACCUCUCCAAGGGAAUCCCUUCACCACAAAACUGCUGCCAAGAGCCUGGACACACCAUCCUUUUGCGUGUUCUCAGGCAUAGGAACUCGGGAGCUGGGCAAAUUUCAGUAAGAAUGAAAUGGGAAAGUGGCCUCAAGAUACAUUUUUACCUUGUUCCCUACCAUGAACCUCUGUUUUUUCUUGCUCUCAUUCUCAGAAUUCAGAGAUGGGCUUUUAAACUUGGGGAGAAGUAGCUUUUGAAUCAGCUUGAUCACUUUAACUUUAUUGGAAGUGCCAGCUCCUUGCUUAUGGAAGAAAGGAAAUUCUUCUCUGAGUCCUGGAAUGGUUUGGGUUGGAAAGGACCUUAAAGAUCAUCUUUCUCCACCCCCUGCCAUGGGCAGGGACACCUUCCACCUGACCAGGCUGCUCCAAGCCCUGUCCAGCCUGGCCUUGAACAGUUCCAGGGAUGGGACAUCCACAGCUUCCCUGGGAAACCUGUUCCAGAGCCUCACAAUAAAGAAUUUCUUCCUAAUAUCCAAUUUACACCCACCCUCUGUCAGUUCAAAGCUGUUGUUCCUCCUCCUGUCCCUACAAGUCCUGAUACAAACUCUUCAUCUUCCUCACAAGUCUCUUUCAGUAUUAAGGUCUCCUUUGUGUUCUUGGCUCAGUGGAUCAGUGAAAAAAUGCAGGAAAAGUGCAGGAAGUCAGGAGACAUUAGGCCAGGGGGAAUUUUCUAGAUCAGGGGGAUCUUCUAGAACAGAUCAAAUAAAUGUGCAAAGAACAAGGGGUGGCCUCUGGGGGCAUGUCCCAUCCCUCCUGGUCCCCUUGCUGUGCCUGUGCAGGGUUGUAGCAGGUUCUGUUCCUGGACUGCAUGGGCAGGCAGAUUGGCUGGGGCUGCUUACACUGCAGCAGCCAGGGUGAGCACAGUUUGCAUGGCAUGUGGCAUCUCUAGGCUUAAAUCCACGUCUGGGUUUGAACUGAGUGCUGACUGUGCUGUCAGCUUGCAUUCCUGGCACAGACCAGCUUUGAAUCAGGCUAAGAAGACAAAGCACUGAGGCCUAGGUCCAGAUUUCAAGAGUAUUUAGGGUACUCUUGCUUUUAUGUAUAUAUAUAUAUAUAUAUAUAUAUUACAUUUUAUCUAAAAGUUUACCUCUUGGUGGUUUAGUACAAUUAGUUCUACUAGAGAAUGAUGAAUAAAGUUCUUGAUCAUGAUUGUUAGAUUGAAGUCAAAGCCUGUUUUAGAAGGAGCUCUGAUUUAUCUUGCUGAUUUUGAUUCAAUGACAUUUCCUAAUGUCACUUAGAGCAAAUAGAUUCCAUUAUGGGACUGGCAGAACCCACGUGGUACUGUUACCCACCUCACUGACUCCAAACCAAAAAGGUUUUCAUGGCAAGAACCUGUAGGGGCAAAUAAAGAGAGCUUUUUUUUUUUUUUUUUUUAAUGGGCAAAUAAACUUUUGCCCAUAAAAGCAAAGGCCACAUGGUUCCUCUCCUCUGCCUUCACACCCAGAACUUUCAGUGGGUGAAUCACCACAGGAGGAAGAUGUGGGAGAUUUAAAAGCACCUCACUUGUCUUACAAUUUACAGACACCAACACCCCUCUUCUGGGUAUCAAGAUCAAGCCCAACAAACAAACAAAGCAGAAGGAAUUUGGACUUUUUUUUUUUUUUUUUUUUUUGCUUUGGUUUUUUUAUCAGAACAUCUCCCUUUCUCCUUUUUAUUUAUAUUUUGUGUGUAGGUGCAGGUACCUAUAACACUGUUCUGGUUAUUUUGUAAUAAUGGCUGAGAGGUGUCUUUGAAAAGGGUCCUGUUUAAAAAGUAGUUAUUAAAAAGUGUUUAAAAUGUACUUUGGGAAUCCCUGCUAACUGGUCCCUACAGCAAUUAAAUGUUCCCAAAUCCAGGGCUGGUUAUAAUGGUGAUAGCCAUAAUUAUUUGCAAAAGCAGAAACAUUAUAUAAUUAUUUAAGGGAUAAUAAAUCAUUAAGAUGAAUGCAGAGAUUUCAUGGUACUACAUAAAGACAUUUUAAAAUUGCUGUCCUGCUGAAGGUAAUACAAAUAUUAAGGAUUCCUCCUUUUUUUUUUACCAGUGAGACUUGAAAUCUCUGCUGAUCCUGUGUCCCAGUGAAAUCAAUACACGGCUGAAUCAAAAGGGUUCUUUGUGGUGUCAGUCUCAUAAAUUAAACUGAUAAUUUGUAGUGUUUAAUUAGAAUUCUGUUCAUUUGAAUUAUUUAUUGAUUCUUUUUCAAUCUGGUUUUAAUUAAAACAUUUCUGUCUCUAUUUGUCUGAACAGGCUGCUCUGUGUCAAUAAUAAUUUCUUUAUCUUUUUAAUAAAGGUUCUUAACAGUGGAGCUGGUUUACCUUGGUCAAAUUCUAACAUGGUUAACAAACUCCAAGGGGUCAGGUGGGAACUGUAGUAUUCCCUGAAAUACAAUAUUUGCCAUCUGGAAUACUGGAAGAGAAGGAAAUUAGGGAGCUGCUUUGCAGAAUGCUUCUGGAGUUUUCUCUUUCUGCAGGAGUUUGUGCUGAGAUGCUGCUGGAAGUUGUUUCCCUUAUCCAGGUAGAGCAGAAUCUCUUUUCUAUCUUUUUGUUCUUCCCUCAGGUCCCAGAUUUAGGGAUGCAAUUGGAUAAGAUGCUUUGGGUGGAAUCUGAUGAAGAGGAUUUAGAAAUGGAUAGAAAAACUCCCUUUUCUGCUGUUGUCCUGCUCUGUGUGGCAGCACCUCAGCCUAGCACCUCCUUCUUGAGUGUAAAAUGAUUCAUUUAUGCACUGAUUCCUCUUAGCAGCCACCCCUGCAAAAAAAAAAUCCUUCAGUUUUAUUGCCUAAAACCUCUUCAGUGAUUGUUUGGAGGGCAACUUGAAGGAAAUUGCAGUCUGUGUGUCCAUACAGAGAGAUCCAGCCAGAAACAGAGGUUGUAUUUACACUGAACUCCAAAAAACCC